AUGGCUACAAUUGUGAACUUUGCUCUCUCUUUCUCACACUCUUCCUCCAUGUUUAGGCACGAUGAACCCCUCUCUUCUCCAAGAAACUUUUCACGUGAAAGAAGUCGAGUUUCAGCUAAUUCAUCUUUGCAAAUAAAAACAAAUGAUCCAGUUUGCCUGCGAGUGAGUGAAAAUUAUUCCACUCCCGAUAUGAAAAAAAAAUACAAAAACGAUAAUGAAAGAAUCAAAAGGAUUCAUUCCCUUGAAGAAUUCGACGAGCAUCUUCUAUUUUCGGAGGAAAAACUCGUGAUCGCUCAUUUUUCGACCGGUCACUAUAAGUACAAUUCAAGAAUACGGCACUUCAUGGAGGAACAAUGCAUCGUGUCGAAUGAGGUCAAGUUUUUGUACAUUCUUGCCAACGAAAACAAGAAAACCGAGCAACUAUGCAAGAGGGAAAAAAUCGACGAAAUCCCACAUUUCAUCUUCUAUCGAAAAACGGCAAAAAAAAUCAAUCAAGCGUCCGGAUUCCAACCGAGAAAGCUCGCGGAUGACAUUUUGUUCUACGGAUACGACCCGUUUUCGCCCGUGGUCGAGGUGAAAUCAAGGGACGAUUUGGAGAAUUUGAUAAAAGUUCGUAAACUCGUCGUGGUCAAUGUGGUCAAGGAUUGGUGCUCGCCUUGCGCGAAAAUAUACCCUGGCGUGAUAAAAGUGGCGAGUCAGAUGACCAAUAAGGUCGUGUUUGCUAGAAUAAACGUCGAUGAAAACGAUGGCUUCAUGGGGAUGAUGAGGGAAAUGGAUGUUCGGAGAGUGCCGGCGUUUUUGUUUUUCGAAAACGGGAAUUUCUGUGGAAGGUACGUUGGCUCUAACAUGAGUGUGCUAAUUAGGAGGUUGUGA